AUGGUAUCACUGGCGCUGUGGGUUCUGCUGCUGCUGCCGAAUCCACUGAUGUGCCAGGCUCACAAUGCCCAAUGCACCAUCAGCGAGUCGCUCGCAAGUCUUCACAAAUAUUAUCAAGAAGGAGAUCUCAUCAUUGGGGGAAUCAGUUCUCAUAUCUAUGCCCCUUCAGAAGUGAUGUCUUUCACUCGUCAAUCCAAUUAUAUGGCGUAUGAUCAUCCUGUUGUACGGACUAAGCACUAUCAACAUGCCCUGGCUGUGGCUUUCGCUGUGAAUGAAAUCAAUGAAAACCUCCAGAUCUUACCAAAUGUCACCUUGGGUUUCCACGUCUGUAACAGCUACUUCAAUGCAAGAAUGACCUAUCGUGCCACAAUAGAACUUCUCUCUACAAAGAAUGGAGUUCUCCCCAACUACAAGUGUGACUUCCAAAACAAUCUCAUAGCAGUCAUUGGAGGACUGGAAGCUGAAACGUCCCUCUCUAUAACAACUCUGUUAGCCAUCUAUGACAUCCCACAGACACCACCCCUUUCUGUCUGCAGUGAAAGUUGCCAUCCAGGUCAGAGGAAGAAAAUGAAGGAGGGGGAGCCAUUCUGUUGCUACGACUGCGUUCCGUGUCCGGAAGGGAAGAUUUCAGAGAAGCAGGACUUGGAUGACUGCAUCACUUGCACAGAAGAUCGCUAUCCAAACAUGGGACAGUCCCAGUGUGUUCUCAAAGGCGUCGAUUUCUUGUCUUACGAAGAGCCAUUGGGGGUCACUUUAGUGACUUUUGUCCUUCUCUUUUCUUUCAUCACAGUUUGGGUGCUCGGAAUCUUUAUCAAGCACCGUGGCACCCCCAUUGUCAGAGCCAACAACAGGAACCUCACCUACGCUCUCCUUAUCUGCCUCCUCUUCGGCUUCCUUUCUGCUUUGCUAUUCAUUGGUCAGCCAGCUCGGGUGUCAUGUCUCCUCCAACAAAGCCUUUUUAGCCUGGUCUUCUCGGUUGCCAUUUCUUGUGUGCUGGCAAGAACGGUCACAGUGGUUCUGGCUUUUCUGAGCAUCCAGCCAGGGAGCAGCAUGAGGAAGUGGGUGGGGAAAAAAGUGGGCAACUCUAUUGUGAUUUCCUGCUCCUUUUUCCAAGCGGCAAUUUGCUGUGUGUGGCUGGCAACUUCUCCCCCAUUCCCUGAUGCUGACGAGCGCUCAGAGGCCGCAACAGUCGUACUGGAAUGCAAUGUAGGGUCUGUCACCAUGUUUUACUCUGCCCUUGGUUAUAUGGGCUUCCUGGCCUUUGUUAGCUUCGUGGUGGCUUUCGUGGCCAGGAAGUUACCUGAUAGUUUUAAUGAAGCCAAAUUUAUCACUUUCAGUCUAUUGGUCUUCUGCAGUGUGUGGUUGUCCUUUGUUCCAACCUACUUGAGCACCAAGGGGAAAUACCUGGUGGCCGUGGAGAUCUUCUCCAUCUUGGCCUCCAGUGCCGGACUUCUAGGUUGCAUCUUUGCCCCCAAAAGUUACAUUAUUAUUCUGAGGCCUGACCUGAACCACAGGGAACAGCUGAUAAGAAGGAAAGGGCAGUAA